UAUAUACUUUGCAUAAAUUUAUGCUCGAACAAAGUCUUAGCACAUUCUGUAUAGAAGAAAAUAUAGUGGUUAUACUCAAGAUGAUAAUUGAAAGUUUUUUCUGUGUUGUUUGUAUACUAACAAUAAGUCUCGCAAUAAGUUUUUACUACUUCCUGACGUGGAACUUCGACUUCUGGAAGAAGCGCAACGUUAAAGGUCCCGAGCCUGUGCCGUUUUUCGGUAACUACAAGGACAACAUCUUUGGUAAAAUUCAUUCAACGGAGCUUACGAAAAGGUUUUACGACGAGUUCGCUAACGAGAAAAUGGUCGGGAUCUACGUUUACGGUUCACCGGUCCUCAUACUGCGUGACCUCGACUUGAUCCGUGACGUCCUUAUCAAGGAUUUCGCGGCCUUCUCAGAUCGGGGUAUUCGCGUCCACGAUCGAGUAGAGCCGCUAUCGCAGCAUUUCUUCAACUUACCAGUGUCCACCUGGAGACCGCUUCGCAAAAGCCUCACGCCUGCAUUUAGUUGCACCAGAAUGAAGGGCAUGUUCGAACUAAUGGCGCAAGUCGCCGAACUCUUUGUCUCUUUUCUUGAGCAGAAUACCGAGCGCGAAGAAUCUCUUGAAUGUUGUGCACUCGUAGCUAAAUUUGCGACCGAAGUCAUUGGGGAGUGUGGUUUCGGAUCAAAAAUGGGCGAGUUUGAAGAUAAAGUUAGCGAAUUUCGAGAAGUUAGCAAGACAAGGAUAAAGUCGAAUUUGUGGAAUUUUGUUAGGAGAAAUUUGAGGCAGUUCUGGCCGAGUAUUUACAAGUACUGUAGUAUGUUUUGCAAUAAAAAACUGUUGCGCUAUUACGUCAACAUGAUUAAUUCAGUCAAUUUGACCAGGAGUAAAGAGGGAAUAAAGAGAAAAGAUUACGUAGAAAUUUUAUUGCACCUUAAGAAUAAUCCGGAACAAAUUCAAAACUUGGAAUUGAGCGAUAGUAUUUUAGCAGCACAGUCGUAUGUAUUUUUUACUGCUGGAUCCGAUACCACUGCACUGAUUAUAAGUAAUCUGUUUUACGAACUUGCUGUGAAUGAAUCUAUUCAGGAUAGAUUGAGAGAGGAAAUCCAAGAUCAAAAAUUGUCUUAUCAUGGCUUGAAAAGCAUGGAGUAUCUCGAUAAAGUAUGGAAAGAAACGCUUAGAAAAUAUCCUCUAAGAAACAUUCAGAGAGCUUCUAAUCAGAUUUAUACGUUUUCUAAGACAAACGUAACGAUUCCUGCAAAUACUCAAAUUAUAAUUCCUAAUUACGCUAUACAUUACGAUAGUCAGUACUAUCACGAACCUGAAGUUUUUAAUCCUGAAAGAUUUGAUGGACGUGGUAAUUUUAGUCAUCCAAUGAUUUACUUACCAUUUGGAAAAGGCCCACGUGAUUGUAUAGGUUCCCAGUUUGCCGUCCAUAUUUCAAAAAUUCUAAUUGUUAAGGUAUUAGAAAAUUUCAAAGUGGAAAUAUCAAGUGAGUCACUCACUCGAGAAGAAAAUGACCCUAGACAAGUUUUACUUUCGCCUAAGGGCGGAAUACGUUUAAAAUUCAAAAGAUUGUAACUUAUUUUGGUGAUAUGGUAUAGUGUGU